AUGGUCCGCUUGAUCACACGGAACCUGCUCGCGUGCCACGCCAAAGGCUGCACCUCCAACAAAUUCCCGCUAUGCUUCAAGGACGUCGCGGUCGACCUCCGCGACGCCGAAUUCCUCCCCGACUUCCUCCCCGGCCCCGAGUGGCCCGUGCUCGUCGAUGCCGCACGCGAGGUCCGUUGUGUUUGCUGUGACUGUGAAGGCACGCUAGCUGACCGCCAGCUCGAGAUGGUGGACGAAGACUGUCUGAAGAAGGCGCACCACCUUUUGCUCGAAGUGGACCCCGAGGGCACGACGGUGUUCGCAAACUGCAGCCACGUCUACCCGCUCUCAAACGGCAUCUCGAACAUGCUCCUCGCGGAACACGAGAUCGGCUAG